UUUUACAAAAUCUGCAAAAUUGACCUAUUAGCAACAGAAGAAAUCUGGUAACUUUGAUGACAUCAUGGCAGGAGUACAGAGAGAGAGAGAACUACACCCCUUUUGAAUAACAUAAAGAGCCAUCCUGCGAUUGAGGAAGGCAUGCCCAAGCUUAAGACCUGAAGCUUCUUUGAGCAGAAGGAACACAGCUUUACAGAAACAAAAUAUCCUGUUCAAGUCGGGUGGCAAGAGGAAAGAGCCUUUCCAAACUGUCCAGAAAUGAAGAAAAAUAAGGUAUCCAUAGCUGGACUCUCAGAUCCCCCUGUUGAUGGCCAAAUCAAUGAAACGGCUGCCAGGCAUUCCCAUGUGGGUGAAAAUGACGAGAACCAAGAACGAGGUAACUGGUCCUCAAAAUCGGAGUACUUGCUCUCAAUGAUCGGCUAUGCAGUGGGACUAGGCAAUGUCUGGCGAUUCCCUUACCUUGCUUACAGGAGCGGAGGAGGUGCUUUCCUUAUUCCUUACAUCAUCAUGUUGGCAUUUGCCGGGAUACCAUUAUUUUUCUUGGAAUGUUCCCUUGGGCAGUUCACCAGCCUCGGACCUACUUUAGUGUGGAAAGCUGUGCCAAUUCUAAAAGGUGUGGGGUAUACUAUGAUCUGUGAGGUCAUGUUUCUAUGCAUUUACUACAAUUGUAUCAUAGGCUACAGUUUGUACUAUUUAUUUGCCGCCUUCCAAUACCCCCUGCCUUGGGAAGACUGCUUUAGCUGGUGGGGAGCGGAUGAAUUUUGCAGCAAGACUCAGAAAGAACCACUCUGCAAUUUCACAUUGGAUGAUGGAUUGUUUGAAAUAGUAAAUGAAACCUGGUUGCAAGAAAUGAAUGAAACCUGCAUAAAUGGAACUAAAAUCUAUCCAUUUCAACAGAGCCCAAGUGAGCAAUACUGGGAUAAAGUGACUUUACGCCGAUCGAAUUCAAUAGCUGAAACGGGUGUUGUAGUCUGGUACUUAACCCUCUGCCUCCUUUUGGCCUGGAUAAUAGUUGCACUAUCAAUGUAUAAAGGAAUCAAAUCUUCUGGAAAGGUGGUUUAUUUCACCGCUAUAUUCCCUUACGUGGUUCUAACCAUAUUUCUGAUUCGAGGUGUUACUCUAGAGGGAGCCGCCAAAGGAAUUGAGUUCUACAUUGGAAGUCAAUCAGACUUUUCAAAACUGUCUAAUAUUGAGAUUUGGAAAGAUGCUGCAACGCAAAUUUUCUUUUCCCUCUCAGUGGCUUGGGGAGGUUUAAUGACACUUUCAUCCUAUAACAAAUUCAACAACAACUGUUAUAUGGACGCAAUCAUUGUCUGCACCGUUAAUUGUGCUACAAGUGUGUUUGCUGGAUUCACCAUCUUUUCCAUUCUUGGACACAUGGCAUAUAGACAAGAUGUGCCUGUUUCAGAGGUGGUACAGUCAGGUUUUGGUUUAGCUUUCAUUGCCUAUCCAGAAGCCCUCUUACAGCUACCACAAGCACCUUUUUGGGCCAUAUUAUUUUUCUUCAUGCUCGUCACCCUGGGACUUGAUAGUAUAUUUGCAAGUGUAGAAACAAUUACAACGUCUCUGCAGGAUGAAUUCCCAGUGCUGCGAUCAAAACGGCAUUACCUGUCAAUUGUCUCUUGUGCAUGCCUUUUUUUACUUGGCAUAUUAUGUGUAACACAGGCUGGGAUUUAUUGGGUAAAUUUAAUUGAUCAUUUCGUUGCUGGUUGGAGCAUCCUUAUAAUCGCUAUCAUGGAACUCAUUGGUAUGAUCUGGAUCUAUGGGGGAAAUCGAUUCAUCAAAGACAUUGAGAUGAUGAUUGGGGAAAAGAAGUGGUACUUCUGGAUUUGGUGGAAAGCAUGCUGGUUCUUCAUUUCUCCCUGUUUACUGAUACUAGUCUUCAUCUGGUCCUUAGUAGCAUUUGUUCCGCCAAAAUAUGGAAAUGUUGAAUAUCCAAUUUGGGCAGUAGCACUUGGUUGGUGUAUGGUCAUAUUCUGCAUUAUUUGGAUCCCCAUUUUCGCUAUUGUGAAAAUUGUCCAAGCUGAAGGUUCCACUUUGUGGAAGAAAAUUAUUGCAUGUUCCAGACCAUCACCGGACUGGGGUCCAUAUUUAGAACAACACAGAGGAGAGAGAUACAAAAUGCAGUCUAAUUCUAAAGAACCAGUUAACAGUGUACAGCUACACACAAUAGACAAUUCAGUAAAAUUAUAAGAAAAAUGUUUCAUGUACUUCAAAGCAUCAUUUUAUAUACUGGAAUAGAAACACUGAAACAAGGUUGCUAUAAAAUAAUGGGUGCAAGUGCCUCUUUCAAAAAAGGCAAUAAUGUUUACUAAGCAAUAAGGAAAAUAAGGUUUAUUUCACAAUUGUUUCAUAUUUCUUGAUUAUCAUUGCAUUUGAUACUGUUGAUCUAUCUGAAUUCAUCAACUUUUGUAAUAUAAAUGUAUCACUUUGCAAGGCUCUCAUCACAAAAUAGAUCAAAUGCAAGGAUUAUUAUUGUUAUAAAAUGACAGCAACAAUUCUGAUGAGAACAAAAUAAGGACAAAACAGGGAGAAGGAUUUCUCGGACCCAAUUAAGGCAGUGUUUAUUUUUGUGGGUAAUUAGCAACUAUGAAUCCCUGUGCCAUUACAUUCAGAUCAAUAGUAUGAUCUUGCCAUUGAAACUGUCACUUGCUAAUCCUAUAUUGUGACGGUGCUCAUCAACUUACUAUUUUCUGUUGCAUCCCAAAUGCUUCAAAAAAUUUUCACCUCUGAAGAAUGCAUAUUAGUUAUUAAUUAUUGCUCCCCAAAAAGUUAAUAAAAUGUGCAAUUGAUUUUACUGUUCGUGAAUGCAUGUCAGACUUGAACUUGGAUUUUCAAUCCUCAUUUAUUUUACCAGUGUCGGGUUGGUUGCCAAUGAGGCUCAACUAUGGGGUGGAAGGAGAAUCAGAA